AUUUGUUGUCGUUAUUCUCCCGAUAACGGUAGAAAAAUAUAACAAUAACAUUAAGUGAUGAACGAGAGAGACGAGAUGAAGGAGGAAUAAAAGGACGGGAAGAAAUGUAUGCGCGAGAAGAGUGAUAACGUCGGCGAGAAUAAUAAGCGACACUCGGAUAUGAGAUGACGGGGGUCGCUUGAGGAACAUCGAGGUAGUGGAACGUGAGGAAAGUGAGAGACGGAACCACCAUUGUCAUCGUCGGCGGAUGAUUGUUCUGCCUAGGAAAGCCGGAAUACUGGAUACAAAAGGCGCGGCGCGGCGACCGGAGAGGGAGAGAACUAUUACGUUUCUAUGUCUGUGCGAAAUCUCACCCCUGCCUUCCUCUGGCGAAGGGGAUUAAGUGUUGGAAAGCUACUUACGCAACGUGAGCCGACCGACGAAGCUUCUUAAGUUCUUAAUUAGCAACUUAAUUACUUGAUCGUCGAUUAUUCACCGGAUUGUGCCGGAUUUUCCUUAUUUCGGGCGGUACAGUAAGUCGACCACGGAGAGAUCCAGUCUUCAAGUCUAAUGGUCGGAACUCUCGAGUAAAAUUGCAGCGAGUAAAAGUGCGAUCCUGGGAGGAGAGCUCUCGCGUGGAGCUGAUCGCGUCGAGUCGCAACGGCGAUAAGCACGCUCCGCUAUGAAAAAUCACACGUUUAUAUGUAAUACCUGAAUUCUAUAUUUAUCUCUAAUUAUAAGAAGAGAAUUCGUAAAACUUGAAACUACCACGAGUUUCAUGAGACUCACUCUGAAGUCCGCUCCGAGUGAAAAAUGAUGACACGGAUUAUUCGUAACCAGUUUGUAACCGAAGACAAUAUAGAAAAAUAGUGUAACGACUGUGUUACAUAGUACUUUACUACCAGGAAGAAUCUCAAGAGCAAAAACUUUAUAGAAAAAACGAGAUUUGUAAGGAGAAUUUAUAAAACUUGAAACAUCCGAACUUGAGGGCACCUUACACUUUAUAGAACAUUUUACACAGUAAAGUUAGGACGACUAGAACCGAUAGGACUUGGAAAAGUUUUUAAAUCGACGACGGUGAAGAAAGGAGAGAGAGGGGAUCUCGAGAACCAACGAUUACUAUAAGAAAAACAUAUUAAAGAGAAAAAGAAGGUGCGACGAAGAAGAACUCUUGGAGAACCAGCGCCUCAUGAUAAUCAUCGUCGUUUCCGAGGAAUGACGAUGUCCACGACGAUGCCGGCAGCGAAACCCGCGCGCGGACGGGGUCCGGCCGACGGCCGGGCCUUCUUCGAGACUCUGUGGCGCGGUAACUUCCUGCUGGAUCGGCAGAAAAUGCUCAAACGGUCGCGCAAACGCAAGCUACACGCGGCGGCCAAUGGUAAAAGGCAACAACGAGCACAGCAGCAGCAGCAGCAGCAGCAGCUGCAGAUGCGCCAGCAUUGUUGUUGUUGCCAGCGUAUUCAGCUGCACCUGCUCGCCGGACGGCGAAGCAACAUGCGCUCCGUCGUCAGCGUACGGGAGACGCACCAGAUCGCCGAGGCGCAGCAGGAGAAGAACGCGAAGCUGCGCGAGGCCUUCGGCAUCUCCGAGUUCUUCGUGGAGGGCAGCAGCCUAGACCCGGAGCGGCACGCGCGCGAGGCGGAGGCACGCGCUGCCGCCGCCGCCAGCAAGGUCUACGAGCUGGUGCGGACGCCGAGCCCGGUCGCCGUGCCGUCAAGUGACGCGGCCGUCACCGCUGCCGCGGCCGCCUCCGCUGUCGCUAGUGUUGAGAAGAAGAAGCGAAAGCGUUCCGGUAGCGCCAGCGCUAAGAAGAAGAAGACCAAGAAGCAUAAGCGGGAAAGGUCGGAAACCCCCAAGUCCGCCAAGAAAAAAGAAAAGUCGAAGAAGAAGAAGAAGGAGCGGAAGCACAGGAAGACCGAGGCCACAUCCUCCGACAGUGACUCCAGUGAGGAUUCCGACGACAGCAACUCGUCCGAGGCCGAGUCGAAGAAGAAGAAGAAGCGGAAAAAGAAGAAGCUGAAAGCUGAAGGAAAGGACAAACAUGAGAAGAAGAAGACCUCGACUAAGCGGAAACGCCAGUCGUCCGAGAGCUCCACGGAUAGCUCUAUCGAGAGACCGAAAAAAUCCAUAAAGCAUGACCGAGCCGAGAAGGAGAAAGAAAAAGUCCCGAGAAACGAGAUGACCGAGAGCGCGGCGACUCGGGAGCAACCGCCGGCCGCUCGAUCGGCGCGAUCACCGCCGAAGUCGCGGGCGGACAGACAGUCUCGCAACAACGAGACACCGCCGAUCAAGAUGAAGAAAGACUCACCGGUGAAGAAGAGCGCGACAGAAACGCGGCGGACGGACAAAUCGCCGCCAGUGAGUCACAAGAGUCCUCCACGUCGACACAGAUCAUCAUCCAGAGGUAGGGGCGACAGAGGAGGCGCCGGAGGUGGAGGAAGAUCUCCCAGAAGAUACUCGAGGUCGCGACGGAUCAGCCCAUCUCCCCGACGCAGGCGAUACUCGUCCAGGUCACCCGGCAACGGUCGAAGGCGCGGUAGACACUCCGCCGCGGCGUCCAGAAGCAGAAGCCGCUCCAGAUACGAUCGUUACGUGUCUUCCCGCAGGAGACUGUCUCCCUCUUCAUCAUCGAGACGUAGGAGAUCGCAGUCACGCGGUAGAUCGCGCUCGCCGGCCCGAAGAGGUCAACGACGAGCCCGUUCGAGGUCUACACUUAGUUAUUCGCCUGUGAGGAAAAAUCCCGAGCGUUACAAGGACAUCUUGGAGGAACAGAAACGACGCGAUCGCAAGACGAGGAAAAGGACGAGCGGCCGGGCUAAGUCGCGCUCGACGUCGAGGAACAGACGUGGGGCGCAGGUGGUCGCACCCAGAGUGAGUUUGAGAUCGUCCAGUGAAGAUGAGGCCGAUCUGGCCGACGAUGAGUCCAAGCAGCAGCAGCAAGAGGACGAGGAGCGGAUGAUGGAGUUGAACACAUUGAAGCGCCUGCAGAGCGGCCUCGCAGCUAAGGCGCGCGAAACGCUGGAGAAGAAGUCAGUUAUCGCUCCUGCGAAGAUCAAGAUCGAGAGGAGAGAAGAUAACAGCAACGUGUUGGAUAUCGCUUUGCCGAACGAGCCGCCAAAGAGUAGUAUGGUAGCUGCGUCAUCGAGUCUGAUGAGCACACCUUCGGCUCGUGACCGGUCCCAGUCCAGAGACCACCAAGUGACGUCGAUAAUGCCGUCUCUGCAGACAGUGCGGUCUCCAGUUUCCAGCAGAUCUCCGUCACCGGCAUUGCCUCUCACUCGAGAGGAGGCGGCAAUCAAGAUCAGGUCGCCGAGUGAGUCGCCGCCGCCGCCGAUAUUGCCGACGUCGUUGCCCAACCAGCAAUCGUUCGACAAAGUUACCGUGUCACCUGUAGCGAUGAAGAUAAAUCGUCGAUCAUCGAGAUCACCUCCGAACAUCUCUAGUAAGAAAGACUCGCCGACCGCGUCGAGGAAGGAUCCAUCGAUGAAGGCCGGUGAGCAGUCAUCCUCUUGCUCACCGACCAUGACGAUAGCGGCACAGGUAACGAGCACUUCGCGCGACGAAACAAUGAUAAAACUGCGCUCGCCCAGCGAAUCACCGCCGCCAUUGCCGGGUAUUUCGCUCGCAAGAUCGAAUCGACGCUCGCGAUCCGUCAACAGAGAAAACAUGUCGUACUCCAGAUCGGCAUCGAGGUCAUGCACAAGGUCACCGUCACCGUCAUUAGACAAGAGGUCUUCCAGAUCACCGUCGCCGCGGGACAAGAAAUCGCGGUCCCGCUCGCGCGGCAAGAAAUCGGCAUCGCCGAUGAGACGACGAUCGUCCAGAUCGGCGUCACGGACGAAGAAGUCGUCGCCGAAGAUGCGAACGAAACGCUCGUCCCGAUCGAGAUCUUCCUCGGAAUCGAAACACUCCACGGAGUCGCGGUCACCUUCUACCACGUGCGCUAAGAAGUCCGCCUCGCGUUCGCCAGCAACCAAAUUUCGUGCCGACAGCAGACACAGAUCAUCCUCGAAGCGACGUUCGCGUAGUUGCUCCUUAUCGAAGAAGUCUCGUAGCAGGUCUCUGUCAAAGAAGUCGCGAAGCCGUUCCUUGUCGAAGAAAUCCAAGAGCCGCUCGAGAUCAGCAUCGAGAGUAUCCAGGGAGAAGGAUAAACGCAGUCGUACCAGAAGCAGCUCGCGUUCCUCCGCCAGCUCGAGGCACAGCCGCAGGAGCUUCUCCAGCUCGUCGAGGUCGUCGAGCAGCGUCUCCAGCAGAUCCUCUCGCUCAACUUCUAGCAGCUCCGCCACCAGCAGAUCGCGUUCGCCGUCUAUACCGCGACGUCACGGUUCGCCCAGCUUCCUCGACAGACGGCGUAUCACGAGCGCGAGGAAACGCCCGAUCCCGUAUCAUCGGCCAACUCCAACUCCACCGUCGUCGCCGAGCAGCUCCGAGAGUAGCAGACACAGCAACUGGUCGAGCCUCAGUCACCGGUCCAGCUGCUCUGCAAGCCGGAGUCCGUCUUAUACACGUUGAGGAAAAGAGAGAGAAAAAGAGAGAGAUGUAUGUCCUGUGUCCUAGGAAGUGUCUGUGUCCUGGGAAUAAUUCGACGUUCCUUUCUUUACAUAUAGUACAUAUACGCUUACAUACACACAUACACACACACACACACAUACAAACAUAUACUUGUUUAUUUAUUUAAACGAGCAGAAACCUGAGCUCACUGCGCAAUCUCGACACUUCUUAUGUAUUUAUUUUCUCAAAAACAACGCGAUACCAGAUAACGGUAUAUUAUUUAUAAAACUGCAAUGUGUUAUCGCUGAUAAUACUGAACAAUUUCAUUUCGACGAUCUUAUUAAUAAUCGAUCGACUAAUCUGACAUUAUCCUCAGAAUUCUCGUUCGAGCACGGUGCAAUCUUGCGAUCUCACGAUCGUCCUCGUCUGAGAUACCAAAAAAAGGAUCGAAGCGAAAAAAAUUGAAUAUCUAUGUAGAUUUUAAUGUACUAUAUUCUCUCCCUCUUUUUCUCUCUUCACAUGGACUAUAUAGAUUCGUGUAAGGUGGUAGAGUAACUUUGUCUAAUUUCCGUACAACUUCUUAAGAGAAGUUUUCAUUUUAUGCAGAGUAUUGUUGAAUAUUUAAAAAAGGCAUAUGUGCAAAAUGAGCAAAGAGGAUAUUUUAAUAAUAGAUAUUC